AGCAGAGUUGUGGACUUGGCUAUCGCUGCUCGGGCGAAAUGAAGCUGCACUGUGAGGUCGAGGUAGUCAGUCGACAUUUGCCGGCUCUGGGAAUGAGGAACCGGGGUAAGGGUGUCCGGGCGGUGUUGAGCCUCUGUCAGCAGACGCCCAGGAGUCAGCCUCGGGCUGGGGCUCGGGGCGAUCGAGGCGGCCCGCACCCCCCCUGCCUGCUCAUCUCCACCCUGAAGGACAAGCGCGGGACCCGCUAUGAGCUAAAGGAGAACAUUGAGCAAUUCUUCACCAAAUUUAUGGAUGAGGGGAAAGCUACUGUUCGGUUAAAGGAGCCUCCUGUGGAUAUCUGUCUAAGUAAGGCCAAUUCCAGCAGUUUAAAGAGUUUCCUUUCAGCUGUGAGACUGGCUCAUAGAGGUUGUGAUAUUGAAGUACCACUUUCAACCUUCACACCAGUGAAGACUUCAGAAUUUGAAAAAUUGAAAACUAAAAUGGUUAUCACAUCCAAAAAGGACUAUCCUCUAAGCAAGAACUUCCCAUAUUCUCUGGAACAUCUUCAGACUUCUUAUUGUGGGCUUGUCCGAAUUGAUAUGCGUAUGCUUUGCUUAAGAAACCUAAGGAAAUUAGACUUGAGUCACAACCAUAUAAAAAAGCUUCCUGCUACAGUUGGAGACCUCAUCCAUCUUCAAGAACUUAACCUGAAUGACAAUCACUUGGAGUCAUUUAGUGUAGCCUUGUGUCAGUCUACACUCCAGACGUCACUUCGGAGUUUGGAUCUCAGCAAGAACAAAAUCAAGGCACUCCCUGUGCAGUUUUGCCAUCUCCGAGAACUUACAGAUUUGAAACUUGAUGAUAAUGAAUUGAUUCGAUUUCCUUUCAAGAUGGGACAGUUGACAAAACUGCGUUUUUUGUCAGCAGCUCGAAAUAAGCUUCCCUUUUUGCCUAGUGAAUUUAAAAAUUUAUCCCUUGAGUACUUGGAUCUUUUUGGAAAUACUUUUGAACAACCAAAAGUCCUUCCACUUAUAAUGCUUCAAACGCCAUUAACUUUAUUGGAAUCCUCUGCACAAGCCGUAUUAUGUAAUAGGAUUCCAUAUGGCUCUCAUAUCAUUCCUUUUCAUCUUUGCCAAGAUUUGGAUACUGCAAAAACCUGUGUUUGCGGAAGAAUCUGUCUAAACUCUUUUAUUCAGGGAACUACUACCAUGAAUCUACACUCUGUGGCUCACACUGUGGUCUUAGUAGAUAAUAUGGGUGGUACUGAAGCACCUGUUAUCUCUUACUUCUGUUCUCUAGCCUGUUAUGUAAAUUCCUGUGAUAUGUUAAAGUAA